GUGGAGGGGUGGGGGAGCUGCAGCCGGCCGGCCAAGCCACUCCCGGGCCCUGCAAAUGUUCAGGCCGUUCCCAGGCCCUAGCCAGGGCAGGUCACUUGCCAGUUAUUGUGACAUCACAAACUCAGCUGCCUGCAGGCUCCCAGGCAGGUUGCAGAUGGGGCCUUGCCGGGCUCCCGACAUGCUCAGCGUAGUCCUGUCCCCGGCUGUGGUGCAGAGGAGCACUAGGAAAGCCGGGGGGCCGUAGAGACAGAAGCAGCGUGCUGUCUCUAACGAGCUGCUCCCGAGGGCUGCAUGGCCGGCGGCAGGCGCUUCCGCGUGAGCAGUGGCUGCGGCACGUUCCUGGCCCAUGACCCAGCCUCGGGCGUGCACCUCGGGGUGGAAGGUGGGACACUCUGCCAGCUCCUUCGAUCUCCAGAUUACAACCUUUUCCCCAAGUCGGCAGUGUUUGAAAGUAAUUUCAUCCAGGUGACAAAGCAGGGGAACUGGGUGGAUAUCCACAAUGCUCCCACACUGGUGACCCUGGGGGUGACGUCCUCGGACCCCUGCCUGCCCCUCCCCAAUGUCCUUCUGAUUGCCAGGCUCACAGUGCUGGGAGAAACGCCCCCCCGGAGGGCAGGCCAGCCCCAGGAGCCCUCCGUGGCCCUAAGCAGGCUCCUCCCGUUGAGGUACGUCAGACUGUCGGUCCAGGACAGCGGCCAGCGCCUGCUGCGGGUGCAGGUGUUGACGGGGAAGGUUUAUUACCUGCGGCUGCACCAGGCGCACCCUGAUGCCGUGUUCAUGCUCUGGAGCCGGCUGGCAGACAUCCUGCAGCGGGGCCUCUCCAUCACCACCAAGGACCCCUCCAUCCAUGUCCCACACAGCCUGGUGCUGAGUGUGGGCAGCUCCUCCACCAGCUCCCCCGCACAGCUGGUGCCUGAUUCCCAGCCGCCCUCGGGUGCCAGUCGCAGCGUGGUGGCAAGGAUGGGCAAGCAUUUGUCGGGAACGCUCUCCCAUCUCUCAGGAGCAGCCUUGGGGAAAACAGAGAAAGACGGUUCGGUCCAGAGAAGACUCUUCUCCUGGAAUCUUACGGCUCGGAGCAAAUCUCCUGCCAGGGAAGAGGAUUCGGGUGCCCCAAGCUGGUCAGGAGGGAAGCUGGCAGUAUGUGAGCAGUGCCGGGGGCGCAGGCCAAGUGACACGGGAGAGAAAACCAGCCUGAGGACAGCCCUGCAGUGGCUAGACACUAAGUGCCAUGGACUGUGGGAACGAGACACAACUGCUGGGCUGCUGCCACUCUCCCGGCUCAGCAGCCUGGUAGCUGCAGGUCCUGUGGUGCCAUGGGGGCUGCCUCUGGGACUGGACUGCGUUGUCUGGGUCAGAGAUCGCUGCAGCGUGGGCCAGAACAGGCUCUGAUGUUAGCGCUGAGCCCGAGCUCGCAGAUGCCCUCUCCACAGCCAGGUGUCGGGUGGGGAAGCUGGAGCUGGUCGGCUGUGCAGCGGAUCUGUGCUUGGCCUACACACAACGCAGGAAGGAAUGCGUUACCCCGGCUAUGGCUCUGCUACAACAACCGCGACCGCUGGCUCGGGCUGUGUGCCCUCAGCUGGUCACGUCGCCUCACUCCUUUUGGGGGGUGCAAGGUGCUUUCUUUCCAUGUGACUGUCAUAGAGCCGAAGACGCCCCAUCCGGUUCAGGUUAUGACGAGU